AUGAAUCCUCAGGGCCAGCCCAACCAGGAUACUAACGGCUUCGUCAGCCCAGGAGUGGAGGAGAAUGGGGGAGAAAUGCAGGACAACGAAACCGACGAAGCCGACGAGCGCGACGAACAGGACGAACCCAACGAGCCCGAUGAACCUGAUGAACCCGACGAACUGGACGAGCCGGACGAGCCCGAUGAAUCCGAUGAAUCUGAUGAAUCUGACGAACUGGACGAGCCGGACGAGCCCGAUGACCUAGACGAACCUGACGAACCCGACGAGAGCAGCGACUAUAGUAGCGACGAUAGUGAGGAAGAACCCGAAGAGCAAGAGCAGGAGGCACAGCCCGUCCUGGUCAACAUCCGGCGUCCACGUCCAUGGAACAGGCGUCGGGUGGCACAGCGUACCACCUUCACCGUGAUGCAGAUGCAGGAGCUGGAGCGCCUUUUUCACCGCUACCCCUUUCCGGACAUGUUGAUGAGACAGGACAUUGCAAGACGCAUGAAUGUGACUGAAGCCCGGGUGCAGAUUUGGUUUAAGAAUAGACGGAGACGACAGAGGGCAUUUAUGUGGAGAAAUGUGCGCCACAUGGUCCAGGGCAACCCCAUCCACAUUAAUGUGGGUGCGCAGCAAAAUAUCAUCCUCCCUCCGCAGCCUGCUUUGAUGUUUCUGCCACAUGCUUGGAUGUGGUACCCGCAACCAGCUUGGAUAAGGUAUCCUCAGCCACAGGCGCUAGGGCUGCUGCUGCCACCAGUGGCACCUUAUCCUCCUCUGUUCGUGCCUGCUCCUCCGCAGCCGCAGCCCUUGUUUUUUCCACCUUUGCCUCAUGUGCCUCAUGGUGGCCCACACCCACAUGUCUGGGCCUGGUUUGUUUCUGUGUUUUAUCCAUGA